GUGCCGAUUUCUGGAGACGUUCUCUCAGCGCGUUUGCUUCAGCCGAACUCUCUCCCCAUCCCUCGGCCGUCACACCUGCACUACCGCGGCGGCUCUUCAUUAUCCGACUUGUGGAAGUUUACCUGUGCUUUGAAAGCGACGACGAAGUUCAAAGACAGCGAUGGUUCCUUCUCGGAUUGGUCCAUUUGGCAUCGGGAUGUUCCUAGUCGCAACCUUCGUGCUCAGCGCAUCUGAGUCGCCAACCCUGAGAGGAGGCUGGAAGAGGAAGCAAGUGGGGGAGGAUGCGAUAUUCGACGAGUUGGCACAUUACGCCAUAUCCCAACAAGUCAGCGACAGAGAGUUCUUUGACACAGUGCUUGAGCUGGUCGAAGUAGAGACCCAAACUGUCGCCGGCACAAACUACCGAAUCAAGUUCAAGACAGCCGAGUCAACCUGCAGGGUGGGUGAAGUAUACAACAAGGAGGUCUGCCUUCCACGAACUAGAGAGACGGUCAAGGACACUUGCACUGCUGUCAUCUACGAUGUGCCUUGGCUCAGCGAGCGCUCGCUGACAUCUUUCAACUGCGAAGGAACAAAUACGUCAAAGUAGAAAAACAGAAACUGUGCUGAAUCUUCUGUGACUUAAUGCUCCCUUUAAAAUUCAAAAUAAAUUUGGUGCAACAAGUGUACAA